UUUCGAGGUUAUUUUUUACGUUCCUUAAUAGUUAAAAAAGAAAACCGAAAAUGACCAAAAGUCCAAAACUAAGAUAGGGAGAAGCAUCAGCUGAUAGACAUAGUCAUCACCAGUCAACAAUGGAGGCAGAGGGCAGUUCCCAAGCCUCUGCGGCGGCAUCAGAGUCCCAAGCCACCAGCGAACGCAUCAAGCUCAACGUCGGCGGCAAGCUCUUCGAGACAACCCUCUCGACCAUCCGGUCCGCCGGUCCAGACUCCCUCCUCUUCGUCCUCUCGAACCGCCCCGCCAACGACCCCAACCGCCGCUUCUCCACACAGGAGCUUGCUGACGAGGCCGCCUUUUACGGCAUAGACUCCCACUUCCGCUCUGCUGCCGCUCCCCCGCCCUUCUCCGGCAUCGAUGCUUCCAUCGUCAAGUCCAUCAGUCCCGCCUCCGAGGGUCUCCCUUCCACCUUUGCCGUCGCCGACAACGGCGCGGUCUGGAUCGCCCACGGCGGCCAGAUCUCCAGCUAUGACUGGAGCCUCGCCCACACCGGCACUCUCCGUACUCACCUCGACGAGAUCGACUCCAUCUGCCGCGUAUGGACGGAGAUCGCUGCCGUCGGAUCGGAAUCCGAUGCCGGACUUCAUUUCUACGACUUCUCAAGCAGCCGCCACGUUGGAUCCGUACACUGGACCGAUCCUUCAGAUCCUCGCAUAUUCAAGGCUCGCGUUAACGCCAUAACCGCCUCGGAAACCUCCGUGUUCGCCUCGUUCGAUUGUCCUCACCGCGAGAACAUUGUUCUCGAGAUCGACAAAGAGAGGAUCCAGAUUGUAUCGCAGUUAGGGCGCCAAUCGGGGAACCAGGCAAAGCACAUGGUUCCGUCGAAGCUGACGUUUGUUCCGGCAACCGGAGUUCUCGUCGGAACCGCCAUCACGAGCGGCGCGUUCGGCUACUCCGGUUACAUACGGAUUUGGGACCCCAGGUCCGGAGACGUGGUUUGGGAGACAAACGAGCCUGGUGCGGGUCGGAGUAGCAGGUUCGGAGACUCAUUUGCUGACGUGGAUGUUGACGCGGAAGGGUUAUCGAUUUUCAAGCUGUGUUCUAAGUCUGGGGAUUUGGGUAUGGCUGACAUGAGGCGUUUGGGGGAUGAUCCUUGGGUUUAUUUGGAGGAGAAGAACCCUAGCAUGGUAAAUUAUGGUGGUGAAGUGAAUAAUUUGUUGAUGCAUUGUUGUUGGGGGCAAGUGUUUGUUGGAAGAGGUGGAAGCUUGGAGGUUUGGUCAAGGGUUCAAGCCCAUGGUGGCAGCAUCGAAGGUGAGAGCGGGCGUGAAGGGUUGUUUCGGAGGAACUUCGUGGAUAAGAGGGGUGAUUCAGAGAGAGGGGAUAUAAAGAAGAUUGAAGGUGGUGGGGAUAGGUUGUUUGUUAGUAGGGAAGGUGUUGAAGGUAUUGAAGUGUGGGAGAGUUCUCAUACUUCUGGAGCUGUUCCUGUUUCAUGACCCCUCCCCAUGGAUUAGGGGCCUUUUUUUCUCAACAUUUUAGGUAGGGGUUUCUUGUUUUGUAAGAUUCAUAUAUUUUUUUCUUUUUGAUGAUUCAAUAAGAAACUGUU